AUGAAGCGACUGACAUCCAAUGAAACAAGUGGACCAUGUAAACCUAAGAUGCGUCAAAUGACCUUGGUCUCUAUCGAGAAGCCUUCACAGUCAAUAAAUGAAGAAUUGUGGGAAACUACCGUUUCUUUAUUAGUGUACACACAUCCAAAGUGUGAACCCAGUAGCAAAAUUCUAGGCUUAGAUAUGGAUGGAACAGUUAUUGUCACAUCUUCAGGAAAAGUUUUCCCAAAAGACUAUACAGAUUGGAAAUUGAUUAACGACAAUGUUGUACCGAAACUCAAAGAAUAUUUUGACAAAGGAUAUAAAGUUGUUUUGCUGUCUAAUCAAAGAGGUAUAACAAAAGGAUACCAAGAUAUCUCUAGUUUCAAGAUAAAAAUACAAAAUAUUGUGGACAAAUUAAACAUACCAAUCCAGGGUUUAUUUUCUAUCUUAGAUGAUAAGAAUCGUAAACCUCUUACUGGAAUGUGGGAUUACCUUAAUGAUAAAGGUAAUGCUGGAAUCCCUAUUGAUUUGUCCUCAUCCGUGUACUGUGGCGAUGCUGCUGGUCGUUCGACUGUUGGUAAACGUAAGCACGAUCAUUCAUGUGCCGAUCGUUUAUUUGCUCAAAAUGUUGGAAUUCGUUUUCUAACACCAGAACAACUGUGGUUUGAUCGAUUAGAUACGGAUAAAUUUGAGAUGCCUAAAUUCAAUCCAACUGAAUUGUUGACUAUUGAUCAUGAACAAAAUAGUAAAUUGCCAAUAAUUGGCAAACCAAUUAAACCAGAGCUUAUUUUAAUGGUAGGAUAUCCUGCGGCUGGUAAAUCGUAUUUUUGUAGUCAGGUGUUGAUGCCAUUGGGUUAUAAAGUAAUUAGUAGGGAUAAUGUUGGUUCAUGGCAAAAAUGUGUGCAAGCUGUUGAACAGGCUAUAUCUAAAAGCCUUUCAGUUGUAGUCGACAAUACAAAUAUGGAUUUAGAAUCACGAACACGUUAUAUUAAAAUUGCCAAGGUGUGGGAUAUACCAGUUCGUUGUUUUAUCAUGGAGACAUCAAUUGAACACGCUCAACAUAAUGAACGUUUUCGUGUCUUAACCAACUCAUCGCAUAAACCAAUCAGUCAAAUGGUUUACAACAUGAUGAAAUCUAAAUACAUAACACCGACCAUGGAAGAAGGUUAUCAAGAAAUUGUAACUAUCCCGUUCAUAUUAGAUAAGAAUAUGGAAAAUCUUUCGUUAUAUUACAGACAUGAUAAUGGAAAGCGUCCAAGCAAAGAGAAUUCCUAUUCGUUUUCAAUUGAUCAACCUUUAGCUUCAUCAACUCAACAACCUGAUACUGAUGUUGUUAUGGUUCAGUCUACAAAUAAUAACACCAUACUGAAAAAGAUCAACAAAGAUAAUAUUGAAUCCUUUUAUGAAACACAAGAAUGGUAUUUAAAAUAUUUUAGUCGUUAUUGUGAACAGAGUGAACAACAAUGCAAUCAAGUUUCCUCUAAUGAACAAAAUAAUCCUAAAACACUUAUGUCAAAACAUCAACAAGAUGAAACGAUGGAAAGGGAACAACAACAACAAAAUGCAUGGGAAACAUGGACAGAAGAAACUGACAUCAAAUUGAAGAUACGUUUAGCUGGUUUUGGGCAUUUAUGCAUUUUACGUGGUAAAAUGAUACUUGAAUCAUAUUUUCUAAUUAUGUCAAAAAAAUGGAUGAAGGCAGUAAUUGUUGGUGGAUAUGAGAUGAUGAUUCAAAUAAAACAAUCCAAUCGAAUAAAACGAUUUCGAAUGACAUUUCUUAAUGAAACUGAUGCAAUGGAUUGUUUUAUGAAUUUAUCCAAAUUCGCUACUACUACUAAUACCGUUGGUAAUCAUAAUCAUAAUAAUAAUAAUAAUAAUAAUAAUAACCAUGAUAAUUCUACUUUACUCAAUAACAAUGAAUACAUGAAAAAUGAGAAUAAUACAUCAACAGAAACUAUUCUAAAUAACAUGUUGAAUCAUUCUAUUCAAUUACCAGAAAGUUGGUCUACUGAAUGGCCAACUCAAAGUCUCGAAGGUCUUAUACGACUAUGUUUGAUUGAUCCGAAUUUUCCAGGAUUUGUAAAUCAUAUUGAUAAUAUCAUGAAAAAAUUUACAUGUACAAUGACUGACUGA